CGCCACUUACCCUCCGGUACUUCCGGAAUCCCUGGGCCCGCCGCCCGUUGCCGUGGUGACGGUGUACACAGCCCGGCAGGCUGCAGAGUCCUGCUUGGGAAGAUUGCGCUUUCCUCCGUCGCUGCUGCCUAUAGCGAGUAGUGACUGAAGAUGGACUCACCUAUGGAGACUCAUUGGCCCUCUGACUUCCAGCCAUGACCAUCACCACCAUCCACCAUUCCCUGAACACCUGCAAUGUACUGGGAACUGUUCUGAGUAUUGUGGGGGGAUUCCAGAGAGAUAAAAGACACAGUCCUUGUCCUCAAGCAGCUUGUAAUUUAAUUUGGGAGCUGAAGCCCACAUAAAUGAAGCGACGUAAGAAUGGUAACAAGCAGAAUUUCAGAAAAGACUCCGUGAAACAGCGACUUGCGGAAUACAGGCAGCACGCAUGCGCGCACUCUUCAGUAGCUAGAAUGGGUACUAGGAAAAAGGUUCAUGCAUUUGUCCGUGUCAGACCUACAGAUGACUUUGCUCAUGAAAUGAUCAAAUAUGGAGACGACAACAAAAGCAUUGAUAUUCACUUAAAAAAAGACAUUCGGAGAGGAGUUGUCAAUAACCAGCAGACAGACUGGUCAUUCAAGCUGGAUGGAGUUCUUCAUGAUGCCUCCCAGGACUUGGUUUAUGAGACAGUCGCAAGGGAUGUGGUUUCUCAGGCCCUCGAUGGGUAUAAUGGCACCAUCAUGUGUUAUGGGCAGACGGGAGCUGGCAAGACAUACACGAUGACGGGGGCCACCGAGAGUUACAAACACCGGGGGAUCCUCCCUCGUGCCCUGCAGCAGGUUUUUAGGAUGAUUGACGAGCGGCCCACACACGCCAUCACCGUGCGUGUUUCCUACUUGGAAAUCUAUAACGAGAGCCUGUUUGAUCUCCUGUCCACUCUGCCCUAUGUUGGACCCUCAGUCACACCAAUGACCAUCGUGGAAAACCCUCAAGGGGUUUUCAUUAAGGGCUUGUCAGUCCACCUCACAAGUCAAGAGGAGGAUGCAUUCAGUCUCCUCUUUGAGGGAGAGACCAACAGGAUCAUUGCCGCCCACACAAUGAACAAAAACUCAUCUAGGUCACACUGCAUCUUCACUAUCUACAUGGAGGCCCAUUCCCGGACCUUAUCAGAUGAAAAGUACAUCACCUCCAAAAUUAACUUGGUGGAUCUGGCAGGCUCAGAAAGGCUGGGGAAGACAGGGUCCGAAGGGCGAGUCCUGAAGGAAGCCACCUAUAUCAACAAGUCGCUGUCAUUCCUGGAACAGGCCAUCAUUGCCCUUGGAGACCAGAAGCGAGACCACAUACCUUUCCGACAGUGUAAACUCACCCAUGCCUUGAAAGAUUCCUUAGGAGGAAAUUGCAAUAUGGUUCUUGUGACAAACAUCUAUGGAGAAGCUGCCCAAUUAGAAGAAACGUUGUCCUCACUGCGGUUUGCCAGCAGGAUGAAGCUAGUUACUACCGAGCCUGCCAUCAAUGAAAAGUACGAUGCUGAGCGAAUGGUCAAGAACCUUGAGAAGGAGCUGGUACUACUCAAGCAGGAACUGGCCAUCCAUGAUAGCCUGUCCAACCGUACCCUUGUGACCUAUGACCCCAUGGAUGAAACCCAGAUUGCUGAGAUCAAUUCCCAAGUGCGGAGGUACCUGGAUGGAACGCUGGAUGAGAUUGACAUAAUCAACCUUAGACAGAUUCAAGAGGUGUUCAACCAGUUCCGAGUGGUUCUGAGCCAACAGGAGCAGGAAGUGGAGGUUGCCUUGCGCAGGAAGUACACUCUCAUAGACAAAAAUGAUCUUGCAGCCAUUUCUGCUAUUCAGAAGGCCGGGCUCAUAGAUGCUGAAAGCCACAUGGUGGGUGAGCCUGAUGGACAAAGCUUUGGACUCGGGGUUGUGCCCUUUUCUACUAAACCUGGGAAGAAAUCCAGGUCCAAGAAGACAUUGAAAGACCAGGUCAGCUCCUCAGCAAGAAAGGAAGGUGUCAGUAGCCCUGUGAGUGGCAAGGAACUUGAUGCAGCUUCUGUGUCUAAGACGCAGCUGGUCCCAUCCUCCAAAGAUGGAGAAGCCAAAGACGUGCUUUCACGAGACCGGGAAACUUCCAGCAUUGAGCCCUUUUCCUCAGACUCCCCAAAGGAAGAAGCAAGGUCAGCCAGGCCCAGCACUCCACCUCCCAAGCCCUUGGCCUUUGAGGAGUUUAAGAAUGAGAGAGGUAGUGAGAUCAACCGCAUCUUCAAAGAAAACAAAUCCAUCUUGAAUGAACGGAGGAAAAAGGCUAGUGAGAUCACACAGCGCAUCAAUUCCAUCAAGCAGGAGAUUGACGUGACUAAGGAGGCACUAAAUUUCCAGAAGUCACUACGGGAGAAGCAAGGGGAGUACGAGAACAAAGGGCUCAUGAUCAUUGAUGAGGAGGAAUUUCUGAUGAUCCUGAAGCUCAAAGACCUCAAGAAGCAGUACCGCAGCGAGUACCAGGACCUGCGAGACCUCAGGGCUGAGAUCCAGUACUGCCAGCGCCUGGUGGAUCAGUGUCGUCACCGCCUGCUCAUGGAAUUUGACAUCUGGUACAAUGAGUCCUUUAUCAUCCCUGAGGACAUGCAGGCGGCACUGAAGCUGGGCAGCAGCAUCCGGCCAGGCAUGGUACCUGCCAACAGGGUUGUGUCUCUGGGAGAAGAUGACCAGGACAAGUACAGCCAGCUGCAGCGGACAGUGCUACCUGAGGGCCCCGAUUCCAUCUCCUUCUACAAUGCCAAAGUCAAGACAGAACAGAAGCAUAAUUAUUUGAAAACCAUGAUGGGCCUCCAGCAGACACACAAAAAAUAGUCUCAUCACCAGAACCUUGAGGGACAAGGCCAGCAGCGCUAGACUGUUGUAGCGGAGUUGCUAAAUCACCUGUGUGCAGCUCCAGUCGCUCUUCUGCAAGGCUCAUGACUCAGCACAGGGCCACACAAUGAGCAUUCUCCAAAGGACACUGUUGCUCAUCUCUAGGGAACACUCUUGGUUUUAACUUGCCAUCUUAAAUGUAAAAACAGCAUAAAAUUAUUUUCUAGUGUG